UGAAAUUUUUUUUCUCCAUUCUUACAAAAUUUUUUCUCCAUUUUUUCCACUCACUUUGUUUGAUGGAUUCAACAGAAGGCUAGAUCGGAGUUUUGCGGAGUUUAGUUGUUUCUUUGCUCCAUCGUUGUUGUUUGUGGUCUCAGAUUUGUGGGUUAUAUGAUGAGUCAAGACGUCCGUAAAUUUUCGGUAAGCUCCGGUGUGGUUUCGUAAUUUGAAGCGGGAAUGACCGAUUGAGAAUGAAUCGCGACCUGACUGCAGUUAGGUGGCUCGGGAGGUUGCGGCUGUGUUGGUAGGAGACGGCCACAAGUUCGGUACAUGGCAACAUUCGAACCAGUUUCUACGUUUUCAUUCGACUCCAUGGAAUCUCGGAUGAGGAAAGUCAAUAGAGUUCCUUUACCAUAUUUGAUCCGACCUCGUAGGAAACUACACGUUUACGACAGCUAUGCACUCUAUAACGAUUACAUUGGAUCUUUAUCAAUCAAGGAUGGAUUAAAGUCUGAGAGUGAUGAUGAAACCUCCUCUUUGGAGAAAGGCAAUGCAAUGUUAUCUGGAACUGAUGUAUCACCAGGUUCGCUGAGUGAUGAAGAAUACGUGAUUGUGGACAAUGUUGAAGUUUCGCCCAACUCUGAAACAGAGAGAGCAGGAGCAGUUCAGAUGAUGGAACUCUCAGAAGAUGCGAUUGAAGAGUCUGAAUCCGGAGGAUCAGAUAGUGAUGCUUGGGUGGUGGUGUAACUGGGAGGUUUAUGUUCAGGGGGUUUUAGGACAGUGGACUCGGUUUAUUUCAGUCUCUAGACAUGUUUGUGAAGCUUUUUUCUUAUAUUAUCAUCAGUACAUAUUGAUACGAUGGUUUUGGAUUUGAAUAAUGAUCCUUUGUUUUCACAGCAA